AUGCCUAAAGCAGCGAACAGAAAACGGAGCAAAAACGAUACAUCCAAGAGAAAUUCAAAAUCUAAUGAAGAUGACGAACCGAUUGUUACCGUGGCUGCCACGACGGAUGAACCGAAAUCUAAUAAAGGUGUUAAACGAAAAGCUUCAGAAUCAACAGAAAAAAAUAUAAAAAAGAGUACAUCCGUUAAUGAAAGAAAUACUAUAGAAGCGACUCAAGAUGUUGAUGAUGAGGAAAUUCAAUUACCAACUGUGAUGACAUUAAAAAAGUCGGAUCGUUUAUCAUCAAAUGGUAAUAAGCCAACAGUAAAGUUUGCCUCAUGGAAUAUAAACGGUAUUCGUGCAUGGUUAAUCAAGGAUGGUUUAAAAUAUAUUGAACAAGAACAACCUGAUAUAAUGUGUUUUCAAGAAUUGAAAUGUGAAAAAGAAAAAAUUCCUACUAACGCAACGCCACCAGGCUAUAAAUCUUAUUGGCUUUCAGGCGAUACUGCUGGUUAUUCGGGUGUAGGUCUUUUAACAAAAAUUGAUCCAAUCAAUGUUAAAUUCGGCAUUGGUAUAGCUGAGCAUGACAAUGAAGGACGUACGAUAACAGCUGAAUAUGAAAAAUUUUAUUUUGUUGCAUCCUAUAUACCAAAUAGCGGUCGCAAAUUGGUACGUUUAGAAUAUCGACAAGAAUUCAAUGAAGCAUUUAGAAAUUAUAUUAAAGAACUUGAUAAAAAGAAGCCUGUCGUCUGGUGUGGAGAUUUAAAUGUGUCACAUCAGAGUAUUGACUUGGCCAAUCCAAAAUCAAAUACAAAAAUAGCUGGUUUCACUCAAGAAGAACGUGAUGAUUUUGCAAAAAUUCUUGCCGAUGGUUUUAUUGAUUCAUUCCGCUAUCUUUAUCCUGAUGAACGUGAUGCCUAUACUUAUUGGUCCUAUUUUCGCAAUGCACGGACUCGUAAUAUUGGUUGGCGUUUAGAUUAUUUUAUUAUUUCAUCUCGUUUACAAGAAAACCUUUGCGACACUAUACACCAGACUGAUGUUUAUGGUUCAGAUCAUUGUCCUAUUGUUUUAUUAUUAUCCGUUUAA